GGUGAGAGGAUGGAAGUGAGAUCUAAACGAGACAGGGGCUUUAUUGACACGAAGAAAGAAAUGUUGUGGAUAGAAUGGCAGACACUGACUAGGCAUUACACUGACGAUCAGCUCAUAAUAGGAGAGUGGUUUUACGAUAUAUACCAGAAAUACUCCGAGCCUAUCAGGAAGUACCACAACACUGAACAUAUCUACCAAAUGAUUCUGAACUUUAAGCACUUCUACCAGGAGUUGACCUUUCCCAGAACAGUUCUCUUCGCUAUCUUCUUUCACGACUACAUAUAUGAUCCUAAGAGCAACAAUAACGAAGAAGAGAGUGUCCGAGCAUUUGAGAGCUGUGCUAGAGACGUAGAGCUUGAUGCGGACGUGGUGAAGGGUGUGAAACAUAUGAUCAAUCUCACAUCAUCUGGUCAUUAUACUAAGGAGCUGGAAGAUGACAAACCCAAGACACGUGACGUUCACUACUUUCUGGAUUUUGAUCUGUCUAUCUUGGGCAGCAAUCCUGUGGAGUACACGCUCUACGCCAAAAAGAUACGGAAGGAAUAUAGCCAUGUGGGAGAGGAGGAAUUCUGCACAAGGCGAGCUCAGGUGAUGGAGAAGUUUUUAGAACGAAAGUACGUGUUCUGUACGAGAGAGUUCCGUCAGUUUGCGGAGGAGAACGCCCGGAAGAACGUGCAGGGUGAGGUUGUUAUCCUGAGAGGACGCGCCGAACAUCUCAGAACGUGCAAAGAAAAAGGGCACACGUGCGGUAUUAAAGAUGGGGAAAUAGAAGGUGGCACUGAGGUAGAAGAAUGUACGGACCUUUGCUCCCAAGAUUGAUUUAUGGUUACCGAACAGCUAAAAUGCAAUUGCCUGACGGAUGAUUUAUGAUAGAAUUUGAUGCACAACUACUGAAUAACACAAAGAUAACAUUUUUAAGUGCGACAACGUGUCAUGCCAUGAGAUACAGGGAAAGCUUUAUUGAAAGCAAUAAAUUACGUAAAUUGUGUCACAAAGAAGCAUGUGUCAUGUCGCUGGAUCUAUUCCUAAUAAAUUUGAGCACUACCGUCAAGAUAGUGACAGAGCUAAUGCAUUAUAAAAUUAAAAGUAAUAAUUGUAACCAAGAUGAACCCCUCUUUUGAUCAAAUCCUCCAUUAUCUGAUGACUGAACAGUUGCUGCUUUGUCCAGGUGGUUGAGGGGGACUGGGUAUAUUUUAUUGAACAAAUAAGUUGAGAAGCUACUUUGACAUUUACAUUGCUACAUUUUGAAGAUUAUUAUAAUAUAAUUUUGGUGUAUUCAAGGUUUAAAGUUCCGUAU